AAGUUUGAGAAUUUGGGUUCUUCGAGAGUUAAAAGAAAAUGAAAAGAAAAAAGUUGGCAACUUAAUCGCAGCUCCUUGACCAUUCAUCCGUAUCUGGCUGCGUAGAAUGUCUCUCUCGCUCCUCCUUUUUUUGUUCAUUUGAUCUAUUUACUUCUUUUUGUUCUAAAACCCCUUUUCGUUUUGUUCUUCCCCACUCCCUUUCUCUCCCUCAAUUUGCAUCCGAUUUCCAGUAAUUCUGUAGCCUUUUCGUCUUUAAUCCCUCUUUUCACGUUUUAUUCCCUUUCUUUUGCGCCCAUCUGCUCGUUGUCGCCUUCUUUCGAGCAUUCAAGGGCUUAUGAGACCCUAUUGUUCUCGUUAAUCCAUUUUCGCUUUCUGGGGUUUCGAUUUCUAUGUCUGUUCAUCCUUAGGUUUCGCUAUUGGACUCGAUAUUUGCAGCAAAACAGAUAUCUGAUCUUAAAUGGAGAAUCUUAUGAUGGUUGAUGAUACGUUGGGAUAUUGUUCGGAUAUGGAAGUUGAUGAUAUAAGGUGUGACAAUAUUGCAGAGAAAGAUGUUAGUGAUGAAGAAAUUGAACCCGAGGAUUUGGAGAAGCGUAUGUGGAAGGAUAGGAUCAAGCUUAAAAGGAUUAAGGAACGACAGAAGAUUGCGGCACAACAGGCUGCAGAGAAGCAGAAGCCAAAGCAUACGUCUGACCAGGCUCGGAGGAAGAAGAUGUCUAGAGCUCAAGAUGGGAUUCUCAAGUACAUGUUAAAACUUAUGGAAGUAUGUAAAGCUCGGGGAUUUGUAUAUGGCAUUAUUCCAGAAAAGGGGAAACCGGUUAGCGGUGCUUCUGAUAACAUUCGAGCGUGGUGGAAAGAAAAGGUUAAAUUUGAUAAGAACGGGCCGGCUGCCAUAGCCAAGUAUGAAGCAGAAUGUCUUGCCAAGGGAGAGACAGAUGGAAAUGGAAAUAGGAAUUCCCAGAGCGUUCUUCAAGAUCUUCAGGAUGCGACACUCGGGUCUCUUUUGUCUUCGUUGAUGCAACAUUGUGAUCCCCCUCAGCGGAAGUACCCUUUAGAAAAAGGGGUCCCUCCACCUUGGUGGCCCUCUGGAAAUGAAGCUUGGUGGGAAAAACUCGGGCUAUCUCAUGGCGUUAGUCCUCCUUAUAAGAAGCCACAUGAUUUGAAGAAGAUGUGGAAGGUCGGGGUUUUAACGGCUGUGAUAAAACAUAUGUCACCUGAUAUUGCAAAGAUAAGGAGGCAUGUACGUCAGUCGAAGUGCUUACAAGACAAGAUGACAGCAAAGGAGAGUGCAAUAUGGUUGGGAGUUUUAAGCCGAGAGGAAUCUCUAAUUCGACAACCGAGCAGCGAUAAUGGGGCAUCUGAAAUUACAGAGACACCGGUCGGUGGUCGUGGUGGAAAGCAAGCUGCCAUUAGUAGUGACAGUGACUAUGAUGUUGAUCUUGCAGAUGAUGGUGGGUCAAUUUCUCGUAAAGAUGACAGGAGAAAUCGAUUGGUGGAUGCUGAGCCAUCCAGUAAUCUACGCAACAAUGCUCCUCAACCUGCUCAAGUAAAGGAGCAAGGUGAACAGCAUCGGAGAAAAAGACAUCGUGGUGGCAUGACAAAACCUGCUGAUGAAACACUGAACGAGGAAGAAUUAAACGUCGAGCCAAGAAAUACUCAUCUAGAUAUAAAUCAUUCUGAUGUACCAUUAGGUAGACAUGAAAUUCCAGGAAACCAACCCGAAAAGGAUACUGUCACAGCUUUGAGGCCACUGGAGAAAGAUAUGGAUGUCCGAUCAGACGUACCAGCUCCCCAGUUCGACAUGUUCUCCACGAGUGCCACGGAUAAUAUCAACAUAAUUUCCACUCAGAGCAUGUAUGUUGAUGGAAGGCCUUUGUUGUAUCCCGUAAUGCAGAAUGUCGACGUGCAACAGGAAAGCGCUUACGAUAUUUAUAAUCCACCAGUGGAAUAUAAUUCCAACUAUGAUGUACAGCAUCCUCAAUUUGUUAACGAGCCUCAAUUAAGAUCGGAGGAAGGAUUACAUGUGCCAACACAAAAUAGAAACGACGAGACGAUUGGAGGAGAUUUCAACUAUAUAAAAGAAACGUUCGACAACAAACAAGAUAGGCCUGUUGAUUCACAGUUUGGAUCACCAAUCAAUAGUCUCUCAUUAGAUUAUGGAGCAUUUAACAGUCCAUUCCAUCUUGGAAUCGACGUUUCGAGCUCGUUCGAUGACUUCUUGGUUGACGACGAUUUGAUCCAAUACUUCGGAGCUUAGGUUUGCUAAUUCUGUAUAUUCUGAGCCUUGGAUUCUACAAAAUGCUUCCUUUUUCUAUGCCAGGGAUUGACUGCAAGAACGCAGCUCAUCGACGUCUACGCUCGACGGGGUUCUUUUACCCGAUCAGCUGAGAAACGCUCCUGUUUGGUCUUAUCUAAUGCCAUCAGGACUGUAGGUCAUAUGAUUUUGCAAGUAAAAUGACUACUUUCUAUGCAUAAUGUUCGUUUUUUUCGGUAUGUUGGUCGAUUUGCAGGAAAAUUCAUGGCAUUAUUCUCAUGUUCUGGUAGAUCAGGAUGUUAAAAACAGCAUCAUUGUCUUGUACUGAUUAGCAUCUCUGGUUGUUCAAUUCUCUAAAGUUCCCCUUUUUGUAUGAUC